UAUAAACUGCAAAAUAAUGAUUAAAAAAGACCAAAAUCAUAUAGAUCCACUAUAAAGAGUUCACUCGACCACAUUCACAUAACAAAACAAAAUCAUACAUACUCCAAAACAAAAGAAAAUUUAAAAUAUAUCCUAAAGUUUUCUUUCCUUUCGCUUCUUGUUUAGUUUCAACAUAAACUUUUUUUUGCUUUCUUGAUCUAAGAAAAAAAAGUUUUAGUGAUUUCACUGAAAAAAUGGAAGAUUCAAGCUUUAUGGAUUUGAUGAUCGACACUGACGAGUAUCUGAUCGAUGACUGGGAAUCCGAUUUCCCGAUAUACGGAGAAACUAACACCAAACCCGGUUCUGAGUCUGGAUCUGGAACCGGGUUUGAGUUGGUACCAGAGAGACCAACAAAGCAAAUGAAAACCAACAACAACAUCAACUCAACAUCUUCUUCUCCGUCGUCGUCUUCUUCUUCUUCGUGUUCGCGCACGUCACAAGUGAUCUCAUUCGGGUCUCCAGACACGAAGACAAACCCGGUCGAGACAUCAUUGAACUUCUCCAACCAAGUAAGCAUGGAUGAGAAAGUGGGGUCCAAAAGAAAAGAUUGUGUUCACAAUGGAGGAAGAAGAGAACCACAUCUACUGAAAGAACAUGUUUUGGCUGAACGAAAACGUCGACAAAAGCUCAACGAGCGUUUGAUUGCUCUCUCUGCUCUUCUUCCUGGCCUCAAAAAGACGGACAAGGCAACCGUUCUUGAAGACGCGAUCAAGCAUUUGAAACAACUUCAAGAACGGGUAAAGAAGCUAGAGGAAGAGCGAGUCGGGACCAAGAAUAUGGAUCAAUCGGUUAUAUUGGUGAAGAGAUCUCAAGUGUAUUUAGAUGAUGAUUCUUCGUCUUAUUCUUCUACUUGCUCUACUGCGUCUCCUCUGUCUUCUUCUUCGGACGAAGUUUCGAUCUUGAAACAAACAAUGCCUAUGAUCGAAGCCAGAGUUUCAGGCAAAGAUUUGCUGAUUACAGUUCAUUGUGAGAAGAACAAAGGGUGUAUGAUUAAGAUCUUAAGUUCCUUGGAGAAUUUUCGUCUUGAAGUAGUCAAUAGCUUCACUUUACCAUUUGGAAAUUCAACUAUCGUUAUAACCAUUCUCUCUAAGAUGGACAACAAGUUUUCUCGACCUGUUGAAGAAGUGGUGAAGAACAUUAGACUUGCGUUAGCUGAAUAAUCUUUUUAAAAACGUUUUAUGUGAAUUUCGCAGUGAAUAAACGUGUUAGAUUUGGUCCCCAAUUUUGACCAGAUCACUCGGUUUAGUUGAAUAAUGACUAGUUGGAUAAUAAAACCAGAGAUAUGCACGAAAUAUGGGAUUUUGUCGUUUGUUGAGUGCAAAAGCUGGAUUGGUGUGUGUACCUAAUUAUGGCUGUAUCAUUGGUUUGAUACUUUAUUUUUUUUUGUCGAAGCAUUGGUUUGAUACUUUGAUAUAUAUUUUUCCCCAAUGUCAUUGGGUUGGAUCAAUAAUAUACCUAAGAGUUUAUUUUA